AUGGAUUUCGAAAGUGAUAAAUAUUAUGGCCAAAAUGAUAAAUUAGAUGAUCAACUAACACAAAUAUCCAAAGGAAAUAUAUCAACCAAUUCAAGAUCAGAUAAUCAAUUAAUUCAAACAUCUGAAGGAAGUAUAUCAACUAAUUCAAAGAAUACAGAAAGACCAUCACCUUUGUGGCAAUAUUAUAGUUUCGACUCUAAAUAUUCUGAUAUUCCUAUUUGUGAUAAAUGUGGUCAAAAGUUCUCAUCUAAGAGUGGUAAUUCUAGUUUAGAGAGACAUCUAAAUAGUCAACAUAAUAUUAUUAUUCCAAAGAUUAAGUGCUAUCAAACAAAAUUACCUUUUGUUU